UUUAUUAUCCAUUUAAACAAAGGACUUCAAACAUUUCAUGUGGAAAAGAGUAUACCAAACAUAUCACAGGACAAACUUCCAUGGUACACAAUCGGUAGAUUGGGCAUGUAUGUGCCUUUCAUCCCCGAUUCCCGGCCAAAAACAGGCGCCCGCCGUUGGCCAUUGCAACGGAUCAUGCAGCCUGGACAGAAAUGGAAACCGUAGUUCCACCAGUGUCCCGAAUGGAGGAGAACUAAAGCACAGAACACAUGCCACAGAUGCUACACAAAACCUAAUCAAAGAUGAGGAAAACCUGGGCUACAAGGAGGAGAAUGCGGUAUACAAGGAGAACGCCCUGGAGCAGCAGAAGUUGCUGCAGGAGCAGGAUCAGAAGCUAAAGGAUGCGGAACAGGAGGAGGAAGAGGAGUACAAGCCUCAGAUCAGAUGGCCUGAUCUGGGGGCCCAGGCCUUCCUGCACAUCGGCGCCCUUUACGGAUUAUACCAGCUCUUCUACGCGAACUUCUACACAUUCCUCUGGGUGGUGGUCACCGUUUGGGUUUCCGGAAUUGGCAUUACGGCGGGAGCCCACCGCCUUUGGUCACACAAAUCAUAUACUGCUUCGUUACCACUAAGGAUUCUGCUGGCCUUUGCUUUCUCCAUCGCGGGUCAGAGGGAUGCCUACACAUGGGCUUUGGAUCAUAGGAUACACCACAAGUUUUCCGAGACCGAUGCCGAUCCGCAUAAUGCCAAGCGUGGCUUCUUUUUCGCCCACGUGGGCUGGCUGUUCCUGACCCCACAUCCCAAGGUCGUGGCCAAGAGGAAGGUCAUUGACAUGUCUGAUCUGGAGGCUGAUGCCGUGUGCAUGUUCCAGAGGAAGUACUACAUCCCACUUUUCGCACUCUGCUCCAUCAUUCUGCCGGUCGCUGUGCCCUGGUACUUCUGGAAUGAGGACCUCUGGAUGUCCUUCUGGAUCAACUUCAACAUGCGAUUCACCUGGACCCUCAACGUGGCCUUCUUCGUGAACAGCGUGGCACACAUGUACGGCAACAAGCCGUACGACAGGAACCUUAUGUCCACUGAGGCUCCCAUUGUCUCCCUGCUGGCCAUGGGAGAGGGAUGGCACAACUACCACCACGUCUUCCCCUGGGAUUACAAGACGGGCGAGUUCGGCAACUACAGCCUCAACAUUACAACCGGCUUCAUCGACUUUUGUGCCUGGCUGGGCCUGGCCAAAGGACGUAAAUCGGUAUCCCCUGACAUGGUCUUGAGGAGAGCCAGGAAAUGCGGCGAUGGAACUCGCUUCCUGGACGAUGAGUUUGCCCACAAGGAUCAGGUGUGGGGCUUCGGGGACAAGGACAUUCCUCGCGAGGAUAUCGUGGAACUGGCCAAGAUGCAAAACUAAGCUUCGGCCGCCUAUUAUGUUUUCAGCCUGUGGUUUUUAUAGUAUUAAGUUUGUAGCACCAAGCCAUGCCUUAUGUUCGGUUUAUAAAAUCUAAGUUUUCAUCUGAAAUUUUGUUUAAUCAUAUGAACAACUCAGAUCUGUAAAUUGGGCAUUUGACCCAUCCCAUCCCCAUCCCAUCCCGGAUCACUAGGAUCGUCGUAAAGGGACGCAAACCUCCCUUCGUUGCUUUCGUUACUUACCUGCGGGUCAAUAAACUAUGUUUUGUAUUAUAA